AUGGCUCCCAAGAUUCCCAAAGUAAGCUUUGCCGUACGCUCUCGUUUGACCAACAAAUUGUCCCGUUCAGGAAGCUCUCGAGACGGCUCGCAUGGUCCAGAAGCAACUGAUCGAAGAAUGGUUUCCGGCCGACUGGAGCACAAUUCUCACCACCAAAACAAUGUUGAUCCUGGCCGACGCAGCCAAGGACAUCUUGCUUUCGAGUCGGCAAAUGUUGGAAGAAGUGUCCGGUCCGGUGAAGAUCUUCGGAGACUUCCAUGGCCAAUUCGAAGAUCUUCGCGCCGUCAUGAAGCUCAUCGGACUGCCCACCGACCCCAACAACUGCUACACGUAAGUGGAAAACGAUAUUAUACUUCUCCACCCGCUGUAUUUCAGCUACGUCUUCAUGGGCGAUUAUGUGGACCGUGGACCGUUCCAACUCGAGGUCGUCGCUCUUCUCUUCUCGUUCUUCAUCACUCACCCUGACCGCAUCGUUCUUCUGCGUGGCAACCAUGAGUGUCGCGCGGUCAAUUUGAUCUAUGGGUUCUACAAGGAAUGCUGCGUGCGGUUCGGGCCAACCGUCUAUUCGGCCUGCCAGACCGCCUUCGACUGCCUGCCCGUCGCUGCACGAGUCAACUUCCGUGUCUUGUGCAUGCACGGUGGGAUUUCGAAAGACAUCCUCCAAUUGGAAAACCUGAACCUCAUCCCCCGGCCGUGCGCUAUCGGGACCAAAGGGCUCCUCUGUGAUCUACUGUGGUCAGACCCGACUGAUCAGGCGCCCGCUGGAACCGACAAGGACAACCAAGGAUACCUCCCGUCGGAAAGGGGCGCAGGACACCUGUUUACCGAACAAGCCGUCACCAAGUUCCUGGCGAGACAUCGGCUGGAGCUCGUCGUCCGCGCGCAUCAAGUUGUGGAUGACGGGUACGAAUUCUUCGCCAACAACCAGCUUGUGACCAUCUUCUCGGCUCCAAUGUACUGCGCCACGUAUGACAACAAGGGCGCAGUCCUCACAAUUGACGAACACGGGGUGAGUCUCCUCUUCAUUUUCGGUUUAUUUCACUCGAAUUAUUGCAGAAUUGUCAAAUCGAGAUAUAUAUUCCGGAGCAGUUCGAGUUCAAUGAAGAUCGUCAGAAGCCCGGCCAACACUAG